AUGCGCGCCGGCGUUGCCGUACGCAUUCACCGGACCGCGCCCGGAAGCGCCGAACGGGCCCGGACCGGAGCCGGGACCCGCCCCCGCUUCCCGCCGCGGGAGUCGCUGGCGGGAGAAUCCUCGGGAUACCGGGCGCUGCCGCGCCGCAACCACCUGUACCUGGGCGAGACCGUGCGCUUCCUGCUGGUGCUGCGCCGCAACGCCGGCAACGCCGACCGGAAUGCCGGGAAUGCCGGGAAUGCCGAGAGAAACACCGGGAACGCCGACCGGAACGCCGGGAAUGCCGAGAGAAACACCGGGAACGCCGACCGGAACGCUGAGAGAAACACUGGGAAUGCCGAGAGAAACACCGGGAACGCCGACCGGAACGCUGAGAGAAACACCGGGAAUGCCGAGAGGAGCGCUGAGAGAAACACCGGGAACGCCGACAGGAACACCGGGAAUGCCGAGAGAAACACCGGGAACGCUGACAGGAACACCGGGAACGUCGACAGGAACACGGGGAAUGUCGACAGGAGCACUGAGAGAAACACCGGGAAUGCCGACAGGAGCACCGGGAACGCCGACAGGAGCACCGGGAACGCCGACAGGAACACCGGGAACGCCGACAGGAACACCGGGAACGCCGAGAGAGCUCCCGGGAACACUGAGAGAAUUCCUGCCAAUCUUGAGAGAAUUCCCGCCAAUUCCGGCGUAAUUCCCGCCAAUCCUGAUGGAAUUCCCGCCAAUCCCGACGGAAUUCCUGCCGAUCCCGAUGGAAUUCCCGCCAAACCUGAGAGAACGCCCGCCCACUCCGGCACAGACUCCGCCCACUCCAGCGCAGACCACGCCCACUCCAGAACAAACUCCACCCACUCUGCCUCAAACCACGCCCACUCCGGCAUAAACCCCGCCCACUCUGCCUCAAGCCCCGCCCACUCAAGCGCAGACUCCGCCCACUCGGGCUCAAGCCACGCCCAUUUCAGCGCAGACUCCGCCCACUCGGGCUCAAGCCACGCCCAUUUCAGCACAGACCCCGCCCACGGCUCGCCCUGGGCGCAGCUGGCGGCGUCGCUGUCGGCGCUGGCCACGGUGACGAGCGGGGACAGCCGGGCGCGGGACGACGACGACGACGACGACGGCAGCGCCGGGAAUUUCGGGAGCGGCGCCGAGGAGCCCCGGGAGCCGCCGCUCUUCCGGGAGUGCCGCGCGCUGCUGACGCACGCCCGGGGCCCCCCGGGCGGCGCCGGGGCCGGGGUGAGCGCGGAAAACCGGGAAUUUCGGGACACGGGGGCGGCGAGCUGCCGCUUCUCCCUCCCCGUGGACGAUCCCAUCAUCUCCCAGGACGAGGUCAUUUUCCCGCUCACCGUGGCCCUGGACCGGCUCCCGCCCGGCACCGCCAAGGCCAAGAUCGUGGUGACCGUGUGGCAGCGGGACACGGAGCCCCCGGAGCUGCAGGAGGGGACAGGGCCAGGGCCAGGGCCAGGCCAGGUGACAAUGACAGGGACAGGGACAGGGACAGGGACAGGGACAGGGCCAGGGGGGUACCUGAGGCUGCUCCAGGGCCGCGCCCCCGGCCAGGUGUUCCGGCAGCAGCACGGGGCCUUCAAGGCACAAGUGUCCACGCUGCUGACGGUGCUGCCACCCCCCCGUGUCCGCUGCCGCCAGGUGACCGUGUCCGGCAAGUACCUGACCGUGCUCAAAGUGCUGAACGGCUCGUCCCAGGAGGAGCUGUCCCUGUGGGACGUGCAGGUGCUGCCCAAUUUCAACGCCAGUUACCUGCCCGUGAUGCCCGACGGCUCCGUGCUGCUCGUGGACGACGUCUGCCACCACUCCGGGGAGGUCCCCGUCGGGGCGUUCUGCCGUGUCCCCGGGUGCCACUCGGGGUGGCCGUGUCCCCUCAGCGCCCUGGAGGAGCAGAACUUCCUGUUCCAGCUGCAGGCGCCCGAGCGGCCGCCCCGCGACGCCAAGGAGGGCCUGGAGGUGCCGCUGGUGGCCGUGGUCCGGUGGUCGACACCGAAGCUGCCGUUCACCAGCAGCAUCGUCACCCACUACCGGCUGCCGAGCAUCCGGCUGGAGCGGCCGCGCUUCGUGAUGACGGCCACCUGCGAGUCCCCCGUGGUGGCCCUGCAGCGCUUCACCGUCACCUACACCCUGCUCAACGACCUGCAGGACUUCCUGGCCGUCCGGCUGGUCUGGACACCCGAGGCCACCGCCGGGAAGUCGCGGGGCGCGCUGGACUCGGUGGUUUGCCACACGCCGCUGACCAACCUGGGCUACUCGCGCAAGGGCAGCGCCCGCACCUUCCGCGUGGCCUUCCAGGCGCUGCGGGCCGGCCUCUUCGAGGUCAGUGCCACCUGUGCCACCUGUGCCACCUGUGCCACCUGUGCCACCUGUGCCACCCUCGGUGUCACCUCAGUGUCACCUGUGCCACCCCUGUCCCCGUUAUCCCCCUCCUUACCCUGUUCCCAGUGUUCCCAGUAUCCCCAGUAUCCCCGUUCCAGGCGCUGCGGGCCGGCCUCUUCGAGCGCUUCUCUCGUCGCCGACCCAUCCACCAAUCGGAGCCGGCUGCAGGAUCACGUGGGCAGAGAGGCGUGGUGA